GGUGGCGCCUGUCAAGCUAAGAAGCUAGGUCACUAGAAACCAGUUAAGUAACGCCACAAGUCAGAGUUAGAGACAGAAAUAUCCAGCAACACGACUGUCUCUAACAUUUUUUUUUAUCUGACUAUACGUUACAUAGGACGAACCUAAAAUGGCGGCGGCUUCGUUUCAUCGCAUAUUUGUGGUCGCUUUGACCUGAACAAGACUUGUGCUAACGUUAGCCUGUUAGCAUCACUGGUUGUUUACUGCACCAGCCCCACCACUGUGGCUCUGCACGGAUCCCUACUGUACAUUCAGUUCAUUUAAGGAGUAUCACACGUUUAAGAGGAUGUUCCUGGUGGGGCUGACGGGAGGUAUCGCCUCAGGGAAAAGUGCAGUGUCUUCAAUGCUGCGGGAGCUUGGAUGCCCCAUUAUUGAUGCUGAUGUUGUGGCCAGGAAAGUUGUGGAGCCGCACACUCCCGCCUAUUCCCGCAUCGUCUACCACUUUGGGCCAGAGAUCCUCCUUGAGAACGGGGAGAUCGACAGGCAGAAGCUGGGCCAGCUCAUCUUCGCCAACGAAGAGAAGAGGAAGCUGCUGAACUCCAUCACACACCCAGAGAUCCAUAAAGCAAUGCUCAAAGAGAUCCUGUUCUACUUUCUCAGAGGGUACCGCUACGUGGUGCUGGAUGUUCCCCUUCUCUUUGAGACCAGACGUCUCACUCAGUUCCUGAACCACACUGUAGUAGUUUACUGUGACCCUGCCACUCAGCUUCUGCGCCUGAUGCAGAGGGACGGCCUGACCCAGGAGCAGGCCGAGCAGCGCGUGGCCGCACAGAUGCCGCUCAAUGAAAAGCGCGGCUUGGCCAACCACGUUAUCGAGAACUCGGGCAGCCGUGAGGACACCCACCGGCAGGUCCUACGAUUGCACACGAAGCUGGAGGACUCCAUGGACUUCCUCUUAGUGAGGGUCAUUGCUAUUGCUGCCACUACUGGUCUGGGUGGGAUACUGCUGUACGCAGCCAAGAUACUGUUGUCCUAACAGAGGACAGAUGAGGGGGAAGAAAGAGCUGGGUCCAGGAUGCGGUCAGAGAUGUGUGAGCAGUGGCAGGUGAACGCACGUCGGGCGGUCCCGAUGCAAUUUACUGUGAGAUUAGUUUCACAGCACCCACCACUACAGCUCAGUGGUGUGACGUGCUCUGUUUGCAGUUAACACUGACUUACAUUAUUGACACAACAUGCACUGACAAAUGUGGAAUAGUGUGAAGGGGUUGAAUGUGCAGUUUCAGGUGGUUUUACUCAGAGACAUUAAAAACAUGAAGGUGAUACCGUAGUGGCUUCCCGACGCUCUCAGCAGUGAAUCACAGUUUGGGACCUAAAAGCUGGUUGAAUUUUUAUUUUGUUGCAGCAGUCGACUCAUAACUAACAUCAGUGAACGAGCAAAAAUUGACCAUUGUUACACCACUGUUACACCUUUAUGAAGAUAUCUAAAUUAGACAUUUUGGGUGAUAGCAUGGAUUAAAACAUGGAUUGAACGUAGAGAGAGCAAAAGUCACUGCGGUUUCUGCUCCUUUCAUUCAUAUGCAAUUUACAACUGUAAGUACAAAACACAGCGCUGUCCCCACUGAUGGAUAUGUUUUAAAACAAAUGGAUCACCCAUCAUAGACAAAGUAAUUUAACGCCCAACAUGAAUGAUCCAAUGCUCACAGAAUACGUUAUUGAUUGUAUACUAAUGACCUGUAUAAUGAAGAUAUAUGGCAGAAUGUAUUUGACAAUCCAUUUUUUUAAUGGGAACAGACAGUGAAUUUACAUGAAUUAACAGACUUUAUAUAUAUAUAUAUAUUUCACUGUAUUUUCUUACACUUGAAGCUGUCCUCUGUAAAUACUGAGUCUGUGGUUUUGUUUCUCUGUGCACAUUCACUGGUAACUAAAACAUUUGUAACUUUAGCCGUUGAACUGAAAUAUAAAUGAUCCAACACUACUGUUUUAAAGUGACCUCUGUCAGAUGCUGUGAGUUUUUUAUUUUAAUUUUAGUGCAGGAUGCCCGUUGCCCUUAAUAUAUUAUAUCACUAUUUUCAAAUUUAUCCUAAGAAGCUAUUUGUGGUCAAAUCUGCAACUUACACAAGUGUGUUUUGAAAACUCAAAAUCUCCAGCUGGUAAUGUACUAUAUACAGUGAAGUAGCAGUCUAGUAGUUAAACUUUUUUUUUUUUUUUUUAAGUUUGCAUAUUCAUGCAUUCUGGAUUUUUUAAUGAGAGAGAAGGAGUAUAUAUAAUUUCAAGAAUCUUUAAAGAAGUAAUUGAACUUUCUUUGUUUAAAACCCUUAUCAGAUUUUAAUAAUCAUUCAAAGCACAGUCAUUUACAUGUUUUUAAAACAUGUCUGCAGGGACUUUGGUCCACUUUAGUCAAGAUAUUAGUCAAAAGUUAAAACAGAAAUUAAAGUUGGGUUAUUCAGCAAUUUAGCAGUGGACCUUGAUUAAGUUAAGGGACUUACAAGAGACAGAUUUGAAUAAGAAUGGUCUGAAUUGAAGCAACAGAGGCUGAGAUUUCAUGACUUUUAGUCACUAGUAUGGGUCACACUGCAAAAAACACUGGCUCCAACAUUAACCAUAAUGCAGCUUGGUAGUUUAGUGUUUGUUAGACCUUCCCCUUCCUGGUAGAUGCCAAGUCUGUCAAACCCCACACACUUUCAGUUUGUAAUGCUGGCUUUCUGUUACAUAAAAUCAGGCCCAAUCUAGGGUAACCCA